GCCCAGGAAACGCAAUUUCAUUUCUUCAUAGUAAGUAUUUGAUACUGAAAAGUAUAAAUGUAACUGUGCUGAGAUAUUUGUGUUCCUUGUCAACAUCUGCUGGAGAGUCCGCGCUACUACAUCACUGCGCAGCUUUCCCGUCAGGCACAUCGAGGACCACCUCAUUGUGACGGUUUUGCUGCUGUCGAAGGACCCACCAACGGCGGGUCAUCGUAGGAGCUGCAGUGAAAUAAUUUGUGUAAAUGAAACUUUAUCCGUCUGAAAUCAGAAUCAUCUCAUUUAACACGCCGAUUUGAGCUGGGGUACGCGCUCUGUCUGCAGCCCCUGAGGAACAGAGUGGGGAAGUCACAGAAAGAAAAGGAGCCAUGUUUUUGUACAAUAUCACCCUACAGCGUGCCACUGGCAUCACCCACGCCAUCCAUGGAAACUUCUCAGGAACCAAGAUGCAGGAGAUUGUCGUUUCCAGGGGAAAGAUCUUGGAAUUACUGCGACCAGAUGCCAACACAGGAAAGGUGCACACUCUGCUCACGGUGGAGGUGUUUGGCAUCGUAAGAUCGCUGAUGGCCUUCAGACUCACUGGAGGAACCAAAGAUUACAUUGUUGUUGGAAGUGACAGCGGUCGUAUCGUCAUCCUGGAAUAUCAUCCAUCAAAAAACAUGUUUGAGAAGAUCCACCAGGAAACAUUUGGGAAGAGUGGCUGUCGGCGCAUCGUCCCUGGACAGUUCCUGGCAGUGGACCCAAAAGGCAGAGCUGUGAUGAUCGGAGCAAUAGAGAAACAGAAGUUGGUUUAUAUUCUGAACAGAGAUGCAGCUGCAAGACUGACCAUCUCGUCUCCUCUGGAAGCCCAUAAAGCCAACACACUGGUCUACCAUGUAGUAGGAGUUGAUGUGGGCUUUGAAAACCCCAUGUUUGCCUGCCUUGAGAUGGACUAUGAGGAAGCUGACAAUGACCCGACAGGAGAAGCCGCCGCUAACACGCAGCAGACGCUCACCUUUUAUGAGCUGGACCUCGGUUUGAAUCAUGUGGUCCGCAAAUACAGUGAGGCUUUGGAAGAGCAUGGAAAUUUCCUUAUCACUGUUCCUGGUGGUUCAGAUGGGCCCAGCGGAGUCCUGAUCUGCUCCGAAAACUACAUCACUUACAAGAAUUUUGGAGACCAGCCUGACAUUCGCUGUCCAAUCCCGCGGCGCAGGAAUGACCUGGAUGACCCGGAGCGUGGCAUGAUAUUUGUCUGCUCAGCCACCCACAAGACCAAGUCCAUGUUCUUCUUCCUGGCACAGACUGAGCAGGGAGACAUCUUCAAGGUUACCUUGGAAACAGAUGAAGAAAUGGUCACAGAAAUUCGGCUGAAGUACUUUGACACAAUCCCUGUGGCAAUGGCCAUGUGUGUCCUGAAGACCGGCUUCCUGUUUGUGGCCUCAGAGUUUGGAAACCAUUACCUUUAUCAGAUAGCUCACUUGGGUGACGAUGACGACGAGCCUGAGUUCUCCUCCGCAAUGCCGUUAGAAGAGGGAGACACCUUCUUCUUCCAGCCCCGCCCCCUCAAGAACCUAGUGCUGGUGGACGAACAGGAGAACUUAUCACCCAUCAUGUCCUGCCAGAUUGCUGAUUUGGCCAAUGAAGAUACACCUCAGCUGUAUGUGGCCUGUGGACGAGGACCCAGGUCUACUUUGAGGGUCCUUAGACACGGAUUGGAGGUUUCAGAGAUGGCUGUGUCCGAGCUGCCUGGUAACCCCAAUGCUGUGUGGACAGUCCGCAGACAUGUGGAAGAUGAGUUUGAUGCCUACAUCAUUGUAUCUUUCGUCAAUGCCACUCUGGUUCUGUCCAUCGGGGAGACUGUAGAGGAAGUGACAGAUUCUGGUUUCCUGGGAACGACGCCCACUCUUUCCUGCUCACUGCUCGGUGAAGACGCCCUUGUUCAGGUGUACCCAGACGGUAUUCGCCACAUCAGAGCGGACAAGCGUGUGAAUGAGUGGAAGACUCCUGGCAAAAAGACUAUCGUCCGUUGCGCUGUGAACCAGCGACAAGUGGUUAUCGCCCUCACUGGAGGGGAGCUGGUGUACUUCGAGAUGGACCCGUCUGGCCAGCUGAAUGAGUACACAGAGCGAAAGGAGAUGUCUGCAGAUGUGGUUUGUAUGAGCCUGGCUAACGUUCCUCCUGGUGAGCAGCGCUCACGAUUCCUGGCUGUGGGACUGGUCGACAACACUGUCCGCAUUAUCUCCCUGGACCCUUCGGACUGCCUCCAGCCGUUGAGUAUGCAGGCCCUGCCUGCCCAGCCAGAGAGUCUGUGUAUUGUUGAGAUGGGAGGGGUCGAGAAACAGGAUGAACUUGGAGAAAAGGGAACCAUCGGCUUCCUCUACCUCAACAUAGGGCUUCAGAACGGUGUGCUGCUGAGGACGGUGCUGGACCCAGUGACCGGUGAUCUGUCAGAUACCAGAACACGCUACCUGGGGUCACGACCUGUCAAACUCUUCAGAGUCAGGAUGCAGGGACAGGAAGCUGUGCUGGCAAUGUCCAGUCGCUCCUGGCUCAGCUACUCGUACCAGUCUCGCUUCCAUCUGACCCCUCUGUCUUAUGAGACUCUGGAGUAUGCCUCUGGCUUUGCCUCCGAGCAGUGCCCAGAAGGCAUAGUGGCCAUCUCCACCAACACACUGAGAAUCUUGGCUUUGGAGAAAUUGGGAGCUGUCUUCAACCAGGUGGCCUUUCCUCUGCAGUACACCCCCAGGAAAUUUGUAAUCCACCCAGAGACCAACAACCUCAUUUUGAUCGAGACCGACCACAAUGCCUACACCGAGGCCACCAAAGCUCAGAGAAAGCAACAGAUGGCUGAGGAGAUGGUGGAGGCUGCUGGUGAGGAUGAAAGAGAACUGGCUGCUGAGAUGGCCGCUGCCUUCCUCAAUGAGAAUCUCCCAGAAGCUAUUUUCGGCGCACCUAAAGCUGGAGCGGGGCAGUGGGCCUCGCUGGUGCGACUGGUCAACCCCAUUCAGGGUUCAACACUGGACCAGGUGCAGCUGGAGCAGAAUGAAGCUGCAUUCAGUGUUGCAGUGUGUCGUUUCACCAACACAGGAGAUGAUUGGUAUGUUCUGGUUGGCGUGGCCAGAGACAUGAUUCUCAACCCGAGAUCAGUGGGCGGUGGCUUCAUCUACACCUAUCGGCUCGUCAGUGGCGGGGAGAAGCUGGAGUUUGUGCACAAGACCCCAGUAGAGGACGUGCCUUUGGCCAUUGCUCCAUUCCAGGGACGUGCCAUGGUGGGAGUUGGGAAACUGCUGAGAAUCUACGACAUGGGCAAAAAGAAACUGCUGCGCAAGUGUGAGAACAAGCACGUUCCCAACCUGGUGACUGGCAUCCAUACCAUCGGCCAGCGUGUGAUUGUAUCUGAUGUUCAGGAGAGCCUGUUCUGGGUCCGUUACCGGCGUAAUGAGAACCAGCUCAUCAUCUUCGCUGACGACACAUGUCCCCGCUGGGUGACAACAGCCUGUCUGCUGGACUACGACACCAUGGCCUCCGCGGACAAGUUUGGGAACAUUAGCAUUGUGCGUCUUCCCCCCAACACCAGUGAUGACGUGGAUGAGGACCCCACAGGGAACAAAGCUUUAUGGGACAGAGGCCUCCUUAAUGGAGCAUCACAGAAGGCUGAGGUGAUAGUGAACUACCACGUAGGAGAGACGGUGUUAUCUCUCCAGAAAACCACUCUGAUCCCUGGGGGAUCAGAGUCCCUGGUCUACACCACGCUGUCUGGAGGCAUAGGCAUACUGGUCCCAUUUACUUCACACGAGGACCAUGACUUCUUCCAGCAUUUAGAGAUGCAUAUGCGCUCUGAGUUCCCCCCACUGUGUGGCCGAGACCAUCUCAGCUUUAGGUCCUACUACUUCCCAGUCAAGAAUGUGAUCGAUGGAGAUCUGUGUGAGCAGUUCAACAGCAUGGACCCUCACAAGCAGAAAAGUGUGGCUGAAGAGCUGGAUCGAACUCCACCUGAGGUCUCUAAGAAACUGGAGGACAUUCGUACUCGCUACGCCUUCUAAUUGUGCAGACAAAGCUUCACCUGCACACAGCAGGGACGGACGGACACACACCAACACACACAAAUCCUGCUGCGCUACAGUACCCCCCCCCCCCUUCCCCCCCCCUUUUAAGGACACAGUCGAGGGACAUGUAUGGAUCUAUAUUGUUGACUGUGGACAGACUCACAGUGGCUUCUUCUACAAGAAGCUACAUGCUUGUAACUCUUACAUCGCUCAAUUAUGUUGCAACUCACAUGCACAGUCUCGAUUGCCAACAGAAAUACCUGCUUUAAUUACAAGUAUGUGAACAAUCACCCACAUCGCUGUGUGAGCAAUAACACCAUCAUCUCCCCCCCCCCCCACGUACAUGCUAUUUGACGCAAUUGCUGAGAAAUGUGUGUCAGCUUUUCACACCUCCCCUGUACUGUUGUCAGCAAAAAUCACACAUACACGGACACAAACACACCAUUACAUGGAAACAUGACAAGAGGUUUUCGGCCAGUAAUUCUGACAUCGCAAGACUGUGUUGCCACAAUUAUUUCUAUUCACACGUACAGCUGUUUGUGUGAACCAUGUUCACUUUCACAGCUGUGAUAAGUGUCAUUCUCUCACACACAUACAGACACACAUCAACACACACUUGAUUGUGUGAACACACAUUUAUCAAGAACACACAACACAUGCGGGCUGAAUCCAAUUAUCUGCCAUGUGUGAGCAGGUGAAUACGUUCUUAUUUACAGGCUUUGAAGCUCAUGCCAAGAAGAAAAGUGUAGUUAUUCCCUAAUGACAUGUUGAGUAGAGAUGUAUUUCAUACUGCCUGGACAGAAGACGUCUGAAAACAGAAUAUUUUUAAUGUUUGUAACAGGUUAUUUAGCAAGAAGGUGUAAUGCAUUUUGUGUGUCCUUUUGAUCUCAGCAAAAUGAAACGUGUGUUUUUUGUAUGAUGUGAUUUAUUUUAAUGUUUUGUUUAGUUGUGUCAUGAUGCGUAUACCACAGUCCCAGAUGGUAUCAUUCAAUCUCUCUCAGCCUCUGGUCCUACCUGUAGUCUUGAGUUGAUAACACAUCAGGCUCAUUAAAGCAUAUUGCUUACUCACCACUGAGAACCAGUCAAGGCCUCAGGCCACGGUUGGGUCAAGAAGUGUUGGCAUACUUUGACAUUAGUCUACGGGUGAACUCAGACUAAAUAAGUGGGUGGAAGAAUACUGAAGGUUAGCACUGGGUGUUGUUCUUCUCAGUCCUGUAAAUUCCCAACCUCAGCCACAAGCACAGACAUAGCAUUCCACAGUAGUCACUGAAUUUAGGGGUUUGUGGGAUGGGGGCAGUGGUCUGUUUUGUAAAUAAAGUUUUGUUGUUUUUUUUUACUUAA